UCUCCUGAUAUUCUGAGAGCUGAUAUAUCAUUUUUACAAUCUCCUUAUAUUCUGAGAGCUGAUAUAUUAUUUUUACAAUCUCCUGAUAUUCUGAGAGCUGAUAUAUUAUUUUUACAAUCUCCUAAUAUUCUGAGAGCUUAUAUAUCACUUUUACAAUCUCCUGAUAUUCUGAGAGCUGAUAUAUCAUUUUUACAAUCUCCUUAUAUUCUGAGAGCUGAUAUAUUAUUUUUACAAUCUCUUGAUAUUCUAUGA